UUCGCGCGAUCUUCUUCCGCAAAAUAACGAUAAACACAGUCAGCUAGAUCUUUAUCGUUGUUAUCACGAGAAAAUACGAUGUCGGUUAAGUCCGUGAAUAACGGUAGGGGCGGCGGCGGUUCCAGAUCCUCGCUGGUCGGCAUAACAGCUCUCACUACUUCCAUGGAGUCGGCGGAGGCAUUCGACGUGGGGGACACCAAGGUGCAGCACUAUGGACUGCUCAUGAAGAAACCGUUCGGACACAAGUCGGGCCGCUGGCAGAAGAGAUUCUUCAUCGUGAAGGAAGGGUUUCUGCUCUACUACCCUGAGUCUGAGAACAAAGCGUUUGAGCGUGCCCACACCUUCAACAUCCACCCAAAGGGAGUGAUCCCACUCGGAGGAUGUGAGGUGUCAGAGGAAGUCAACGGUCCUCAGAAAUUUGCCAUCAAAAUCACCCACGCACACUUCAAGGGAGAGAUAUGGCUGGGUGCUGACAACCAGGAGGAGCGUACUGAAUGGGGGGAUGUCCUCAGAGAUGCCGGGAAAGUGACGUGGAGGAAUGCCCAAUUUGGUGAGAAGGUCAUAAUCCAGAUGGAGGAGAAGAGCAGAGAUACCGCGGCCCAGUUGAAAGAAGCCAUUGAUGAUCUGAAUGAGAAGGCAUCUGUACUGGAGGAAGAGAAAGAAAAGAAGAGUGAGCUAGAGGCACUAGCAGCUAAGUUUGAGGUGGAGAUGAAAGCAGUGGAAGACGCGGCCAAAAGCCUUCGCAGCGGAGAAGGACACAGUUCAACAGGAGCUGCAGCAGACACUCCAGUCAGUCAGUACCAUUCAGGAGGAGAAGGAGAGUUUGUUCAAAGCCACUGAGGAACUACAAAUCGUCCUCCAGACGGUGUCAAAAGAGAAGGAGCAGACGACUGCGGAGCUGCAGUAGAGAGAGAGACUGGCCAUGGACAUGGAGGAAGAGAAGCACCAACUGGAGGAGGCCACCACCCACCUCAAGGCCGGCCUCAUUUCGAUGGAGGAGAGACAGAGAGCACUCGAGGAAGAGAAGAAAAUGACCGUUGAACAACUGAGGACCCAGGAAGAGACGGCCAAACAGCUGGAGUCUGAGAAGAGAUUGAUGUCUGAUGCAGCUCAGAAUCUGGAGGCCAAUCUCAAGCAAGUUACGGAGGAGAAGCAGACGACGGAGUCCAAGUGGAAGGAGGAGCGACAGAGGAGGAUAAAGACAGAGAAGAGACUGCGUCUGGCCGAGGACUCCCUCAAGAGACUGGACAGAGCUCUCAAGGAGAGCGGAGUCCAGAUCGACCUACAAAUUGAGACCGACGUCACGAAUCUCAAAAAAUUCUUUGAGGACUGCAUCGCGGAGGAGCAGUUUGAGGCCCAGAAACUGGACAUCAUGCGAGACGCAGUGCGAGCCAAGGCCACCUACAACACCACAACACAGCACCUCGAGAAUCUCGCCGUCAGAGAGUCACCUGAACCUCCCCCCACCCCCGAGGAUGUCCCCCUCGUCAAACCCUCGUCAGAGACUGGCAACAGUAACGGCACUGAAAACGGAGACGCUGGGGGUGAAAGGCCAGAGGUCGGAAGUAGUGGAACAGAGGUCAUUGCCAAUGGAGACGCUGGGGGAAAAACAAAUGGCGAGAUUUCGGAGGUCAUUGCUAAUGGCGAUGCUGGUGAUGCAAGCAGUGAAGGGGCAGAGGUCGUUGCUAAUGGUCACGGCAUAACAAAUGGUGCAGCAGAAGCUAAUGAAACAAACAGCGAGGCAGUAUGUGCGGCCGCAAGUGGGGACAAAGGAGGUUCUGGGAGCAGUGAUGCAAUAGAGAACGGGGUCCCAUCCUCUCCGUCUGAUUUUUAGACCAUGCAUCUGCCUUUUAAUGCUGUUUUGUUGAAUGAGCUGUUUAUGAAUUGUAGAUUCGUCGCUAUA